AUUUGAGAUUUAUUACAUCAAAAAAAAAAAAAUCUCAAUAAUUUUUCCCCUUUGUUAAUUUCUUUGCAUAUGAACGGUCAAACACUGGGGAAAAAUUGAAAUAAUACUCACACAAGUGAACUUUUUGAAUCACAAAUUUCCAUUCUAGGUAAAACUUCAACCAUAGCAAAGCGAAGCUGCCUUUGCAUUCUCCUUCAACAUUCAUUCAUUCGGGAUCGAACAAAGAAUCUCCCACUCUGCCUCUGCCUUCAAUUCAUAGCACAACACACGCAGAGAUUGAUUCCAUUCGUUUCUUUUCUCUUGCAUUCGCUGUAGGAAAAUCAAAAUCUCCAAUUCAUAGUCAGGAUGUGCGCACACAAACUUGUGUACAUUAGAAAGAAAUCCAUUAAUACGGCACCGUUUUGAUUACUAUAAGAAUAGUUAUGUGGAGAAGGAAGAAGUUGAAGCUGUGCUUCACCUUGUUGUUCUUCUCUUGUUAGAAUUCAUGGCUUCCUCUUCUCAGCAUCGCUGCGUUUUUGUUGGGAAUAUACCGUAUGAUGCUACUGAGGAACAGCUCAUUGAUAUCUGCAGAGAGGUUGGACCUGUAGUGUCUUUCAGGCUAGUCAUUGAUAGAGAAACUGGGAAACCAAAAGGUUAUGGGUUCUGUGAAUAUAAGGAUGAAGAGACAGCUCUAAGCGCUCGUCGUAAUCUCCAGGGUUAUGAGAUCAAUGGCAGGCAGUUACGGGUUGAUUUUGCUGAAAAUGACAAAAAUGCUGACAGAAAUCGAGAGCAGGGUCGUGGGGGACCUGGACUAGCUGCAAGUGUUGACCCUCAGAAACAAGUAGGGGGCCCAGCAAUCCUUGGGGAAUCUGCUCAGCAUCAACCAAUUGGUCUCCAUAUAGCUAUAACUGCUGCAACUGUCAUGGCAGGAACUUUAGGUGGUGCUCAGACUGGCAUGCAGUCAAAUCAAAAUGGUUUACAGAGUCAGUCAGCAUUAGCGAGUGAUCCCUUAACUCUUCAUUUGGCCAAAAUGUCUAGGAGUCAAUUGACUGAUAUCAUGUUGGAGCUGAAGGUAAUGGCCACACAAAACAAGGAGCAAGCUCGCCAGUUAUUGCUUGCAAGACCACAGUUGCCAAAAGCUCUUUUUCAGGCACAGAUAAUGCUGGGAAUGGUGACGCCACAAGUGUUGCAGAUGCCAAAUAUUCGGCAACCUCCAGGUCAACCUGCACUCCAUUCCUUACAAGAUACUCAGCAGGUUAAGCAGUCAUCAAUUCAAACUCUUCCUGGGUUGCCUCCCCUUGCACAGAGGUCGCACGCUGGCUUGGUGUCCAAAAUUCAAGAAGGCCAAUUCUCUGCUGUGCCACAGAAUUCUUUGCUUCAAAACCAAUUUUCUGCAUCCUCACAACCCAUGCAGCCUCGAACUCAGAUUCCACAACAUGCCAGUAGCAAUGUUCCUCAACAAGUCUCAUUACCAGGCCAGCCUGGAGUUCCACCACUUCCACCUGUACAUUCCUCUAUUAGACCACAAAUUCAGAUGGCGAAUUCAUCAUCUUUGAACAAGCAAAUACCACCCUCAUUGCUAAAACACUCAGGACAACGGGUUGGAACUGCAAGUUUUAGGCAUACCUCUCAGAUGGUCCUUCCAAAUGCAUCAAUACAAUCAUCUGUUGUAUCUCAUCCUUCCCCAUCAGAUGCUGCAUUCCAGCCUGGCCCCCCAAUAUCAUCAGGCAUUUCAGAUGCAAUUGGAAAUGGUAUUGGUAGAUCUAUGCAUGCUCCAGAUGCUACAGCUCUGGUCCGCAGAAGCAAUGCAUAUUUGAACAUGCAAACAAAUGUGGUUAAUGAUUCUAAAGAACCAAUUACUCACCCUUCGAAGCUGCUAAAAUUGAAUGAUGGAAGGAGCAUGUCUAGCUCAUCAGGGCCUUUGGGUGUGUCUAAUGCCACUGUAUCAGGACCAUCCCAAGCAUUUCCAGUCAGUUCAGUGCCUGCAGAUCCACUUCCUAAGCCAGAAGAGUUGCAAAAUUCUGAAAAACAAGUUCCUCAGCUUCCACCAGAUGUGGAGUCUGCAUUACUGCAGCAAGUGCUGAACCUCACACCAGAGCAGUUGAAUUCAUUGCCACUAGAACAGCGUCAACAAGUUAUUCAGCUCCAACAAGCACUUCGGCAAGAUCAGAUACAGCCAUCGUAGCAGGCAUGGCAGGAGGUGAGACAGGAACUCUCUGAUGCCUAUGUUGUUUGUCAUUGCAGGAUCCUUCCUAGUUGAAAGAAAAAUGCCUGCUAUUGAUUGAUCUAAUUCUCCUAGCGUGUAAAAUGGUAGUUCACGUAACGUCCUGUUCUGGAUGUGAAAUGCACAAGCAUUGUACCAUCCAUGUAACAUUGAUUUGCCUGUGAUUAGCAUAUGCGAAACAAUAAUUUAUUAGAAAAGGAAAACAAAUUUUUUGUAGCCUUUAUUUUUUAGUUAUAACAGUUCAAAUUUUUUCGUAACCUUGAACAUUUUCUCCCUUCUGGCUUUGCCAACUUGUCCUUGCUUCACUUAUUUGACAGUAUUUCACUAAUGAGCGUGACUAUAGAUGCUACUUUGUUUAAUAUAAUCACCCUUCAUUUGGGUUUGUUUA